GAUAGUGCCAUCGAUAGUUUGACAACUCUACUUUUAGCUGAACAGCUGGUGACUCUAGUUUUAUAUGACAGCUAUCUAGGAAGUGCUUUAUUUUUUGUAUUUUGUUUAAAAGUUAAAAAAAAGUUAAUUUAUCAAAAGUAUUAACACAAAAAUAGAAAAUGGAUUUUAUAAAAUUUGAAAGCGCGCGAGACAAAGAGAGGAUACGGCAAGAGCUUCGAGAAGCCAGGGAUCAAAUGCUUGACCAGGCCAAGCUGCGUAGAGAGCAAAGGUUGCAACGCGACGCGGCACGGGAGUUACGUGGGGAGACUAACUGGAUGCUUCCAAAAGUAGCGUCGAAAAUUGACAAGCUUGGCAAAAGAGCCAGUGAAUCUAAACGAUCAAAGAAGAGGAAGGAGAAGGUCACAUCAAAAAAAACUACGAAAAGAGGUAAGCAUAGCAAAAAACGGAAGAAGUACUCUUCUACAGAGUCGGACCCGGAUACCUCGGAAGUAGACAGUGACGAUAGUUCAUCCGACGGCGAGCCGAGCGGUUCUUCCAAGAAAAAGAAGAAGAGGAAUAAGAAAAAAGAAUAUUCAUCUUCGGGGACAGACUCAUGGGAUAUGCCAAGUGAUGAAAGUACAUCCGGGGAUGAGAAGAAAAAAUCAAAUAAAACGACUUCCAAUAAGCAAAAUAAAGGCAAGGAAAGUUCAUCAACAUCUACUUCGGAUUCGGAUAGUUCAUCGGAUACUGAUAGUAGUUCAAAUAGUUCUUCCGAAGAAGACGUCAGAAAAAAGUUGAAAAAGGAGCUUAGACGCAAACGGUGCGGAUCAACAAAUGGUAACAAAAAUAGUACCAAAAAAGACAGUGAUAACGAUGAACUAGAAAAAUGGGUUGAAAAGCCGCUCCCAAUUAUAAAUUCUUCUGCGCCAUUAACACGUGACAGCUGGAUGACGGAUACUUUGCUGUUGAAGACAUUUAGCAAGGAGCGAAAAGAUAAAUCCGCUGAUAAACAAACUUAUGAAGCUUACGAUCCUGCUAAAAGCACACGUGAGCUUAAUCCGUAUUGGAAAACAACUGGCACCGGUUUGCCAGGCUUUAAAAAGCCAACGGAGGAGAAUGAAGAUGACAGUGAUGAUGAGCGGCUAACAGAGGCUUUUGCGUCUGCUUCAGAUAAGGCCAGUGGAAGUGGUGCAUCAAGAAGCUGGCGAAAGACUAUGAUUGAUUUGCAGUCUGGGAAGAAAGAAGCAGCCUUCAUGUCUAUAUACAGUUCAGAGAGUAGUGAUGGCGAAGAGAAAGGAGCGAAAAAAUCCGCUAUAGGAACGAACUUUCUAACUGAUCAGCAAAUGAAUGAGUUGGGCGCAAAGCUGCUGAAGGCAGAAAUUAUGGGAAACAACGAAUUGGCCGCUGAGCUCAAACUGAAAUUGGAAAAUGCAAGAAAAGAUCGUGCAGCCUUUAAAGAGCGUAAAAUUGCGCAACCUACAACAACCAGCGGUAGAUCUAGAGAGCAAACAGAAGAGAAGGAAGAAGAGCAUGUAUUGCUCAUGCGAACCGAUGAACGCGGAAAUACACGUCCUCUGGAACAGGCAUCACGCGAUGUUAAUGAACGUGACUUGUAUGGCGGCCGUAAUGCUCGCAAAAAGCAGAGGCGGCUUGAGACACAUGCGCCAGAUGGUGAGCGCAUGCGUUACUUUCCUGACGAUGACAAGUAUGAUAUUAAACAAAUGUUUGAACAUGAGAAAUAUACGAGUGCAACCGAUGCAAAUUUGGAAUUCGCAAAAAUUGCUGGUAAGCAUAAAAAUCCAAAUGAUGAUUUGGACGACAUAUUCGCUGAUGAGGUGCGGCAAGACGUUUCGCGGUCUUCUACUGAUCGUAAAGAAAUGCAACGCGCUAUUAAUGAGCAUCAACGUCUAUCGGCACAAUUGGACAACUGCAGAUUUUGUUUCGAUUCAGCAAAAAUGGAUAAAAGUUUGCUUGUGUCAAUGGGUGAGCAGGUCUACCUAGCUUUGCCAUGGCAUAUAGGUUUGCAACCUGGACAUUGCAUUAUUAGCACUACACAGCAUGUCAGUUGCUGCACUCAAUUGGAUGAAAACACUUGGUCGGAAGUCAAUGAUUUUUUAAAAGCGCUUACGCAAAUGUUUGCUGCGCAGAAAAGGGACAUAGUGUUCUUUGAAAUCGCAAGUCAUCUCUCACGUCGACCUCAUCUCAAUAUACACUGUGUACCAAUACCAGACAAGCAGGCGGAAAUGGUUCCUUUCUACUUUAAGAAAGCUGUCGAAGAAUCGGAGCUUGAGUGGAGCGUAAAUAAGCAGUUAAUAUCCUUGGGUCGAGAUGGAAAGGGUUUACGUAAUUGUAUUCCCAAGGGACUGCCAUAUUUUUGGGUUAAUUUUGGAAUUGCAUCGGGGUUUGCGCAUGUAAUCGAAGAUGAAGAUCGAUUUCCGGCAAAUUUUGCGUUGGAAAUCAUUGGGGGUAUUUUGGAGUUGGAUGCGAAAAAAUGGCGUAAGCCACAAAAAGAACAAAACACUAUAGCGAAAGUUAAAAUGUUUGCCGACUGGUGGAGGAAAUACGAUUGCACCAAGUAAACUAAGAAAUAGAUUUCUUUCAUGAAAGAGGUGUAUUUAAAAAUCGCAUGUAUAUUGAAUUUUUCCGCAAAAAAUCAUAACGCAUUAAAAAUUGUAGUAAACUUAAAUCACCAAUUACAAUAAUAAUA